AUCGGUGUGUCUGUAAUGACUUCGUCACAUUUAGUGGUGCUGCGUCUGCUAAAACUCUUCUUUAAAAUAAUUGUAUAAGGUCCUCAAUUUCACAUUCAGGUAUUUUGCCGAAGCCGAAGCCAUGCCUGCAUUUCAGUUGUUAUGAGUAGAAGGGGCUGAGCUGAGUCACGUUACUUCCUGGUUUGAAGAGCCAGUGGUUGGUGGAACUGCGUGGCUGGAAAAAGAAACUGACACGUGGAUCAUCAUCAACACUUUAGGUAUCAGGAAAAGAGCUGAAAUUCCUCUCGCUGCGAUAUAGCAGCUGUGAAAGCCGAAAGUCUGCUCACUACUGCCGGAGCGCAAUGGAUGCGGAGAUGUUUUAAUGAGAUGCUUCCGCGAAGAAACAUAUUUUUUUCAUUGCUUUGCUUUUUUGCCUGUCACGCUCGCACAGACUGACCCGAGAGGAUAACAGAGCGGAUAGUCCACACACGGAUAUAUUUGGCGUUGAAUGGCAAUUCUACAAAAACAUGGAAAGAACUCUUGUCCAGAUUUGGCCAGUAUUAAGGAGAACCCCGCAGAUAAUGUCGGAGCAGCCGGAGCACAGAAGAAGUGGGCAGAGUCCAGUCAGAACUGGACAAGGCCAGUAGCGAGGGUAUGGACGGUGGUGCUGUUGCUGGGGACGUGCCUGCUGUACUGUGCCCGUGUGGCCAUGCCUAUCUGUGCGGUGAGCAUGGCCGAGCGCUUCAGCUGGUCCAAGAGAGAGACGGGCAUGGUGCUGGGCAGCUUCUUCUGGGGCUACUGCUUCACUCAGGUGCUUGGAGGCUACGUCAGUGACAGGGUGGGAGGAGAGAAAGUGAUGCUGUUGUCGGCGGCAGCAUGGGGAGCAAUGACCGCCUUCACGCCAAUCUUAGCCCAUUUCUGUUCCCAGCCCAUCGUCUCCAUGACCGUCUCCCGCUUCCUCAUGGGCCUGCUGCAGGGUGUUCACUACCCAUCUCUGGCCAGUCUGUGCUCUCAGAAGGUUGUGGAGAGUGAGAGGGGCUUCCUCAUGAGCACCGUAGGAAGCGGCUCAUACCUGGGGACUCUGGUGAUAGGAGGCAUAGGCUCUCUGAUGCUGGACUUGUAUGGCUGGGAGAGUGUAUUCUACGUCUCUGGGCUUCUGUCUGUGUUGUGGUCGUACUGCAUGUGGAAGUAUCUGCUCAAAGGAGAAGGUCCCAUCAUCACACUGGAGUCUCUGGGCAGCUCUGGGACCCAGUCCAAAUUGUCCAGGAGAAACUGGCUGCGUCUCUUCAGACAGCCAGCUGUGUGCGCCGUUAUUAUUACACACUUGUGCACCGCUAGCACCUUCUUCACACUGCUGUCAUGGCUGCCAACGUUUUUCAAGGACACCUUCCCUGAUGCCAAGGGUUGGGUGUUUAACGUGAUCCCAUGGUUUGUGGCCAUCCCUUCUUCCCUGUUUAGUGGCUGCCUUUCAGACCAUCUAAUCAGUCAGGGGUUUGAUACUGCGUCAGUUAGAAAACUCAUGCAGUUCUUCUCUAUGGGCGUCUCCAGUGUGUUUACUCUGUUUCUGUGUUGGACCACUACCUUCCCCACAGCUGUGGCUUUCGUGUCUGCUACUAUGGGCCUCACCACAUUCAGCCACAGUGGGGUUUCAGUGAACGUUCAGGAUCUCGCUCCAUCCUGUGCGGGGGCUCUGUUUGGAGUAAUGAAUACCUGUGGAGCAUUUACAGGGGUCAUCAUGGUGUAUUUCUCGGGGUAUCUGAUCGAGACCACUGGCUCCUGGGCGUCAGUUUUUGGGCUCAUCACUGUAGUGAACCUGUUGGGUUUAGGAACAUUUUUAAGCUUUGCAGAAGCCCGCAGAGUGGACAUAGAUCUAGCGAAGGGCCGUUACCACAACAUCCACAUCUGAGAGCACAGAUGACGGGAGCAGAGCAGACUCUGACAGAAACCUUUCUGAAGCAGUCACUGGUUCUUCAGAGACUGUUUUAUUAUCUGUUUGGCUGAAGAGAAUCUAGGAGAAGCUGGAUGAGAUCUGUUAAAGGUCAUUAGGAGCCACAGUAUGAAGUGUGUUACUGAAUAUUUUGCGUUCAUUCAUUUCUAUUUUACCCUGUAGCACUUGUGUUGAUUUAUGGUAGCAGUUGCUUUAAUAUCAUCAUUACUGCGACCAAAGCAGUUCAGAAUAACUGCAAUACACCGUCCAUUUAACCAGAUGAAGACCAAAAUAUUGAGUAUUGACAGUGUUAUGGCAUCGCGUGACAUUUUAAAAUACCUCGUCUCAGACAUCUCAGCUGUUUUUCACACUGUGAGUGUGAUCGAGAUUAGAGUUUGUUACCGCAGAAUUAGAGUUUGUAGCAGUUUGGAGAGCGUUACUGUCAUUAGAUGAAACAUGUGCUAGGUCAUCUUGUCAUUGGCUGAUCCUUUAAAGCGUUUUCUUUGUCUCAGCUGUCUGCUGUUGAGAACGCUUUCUGAUCUUUAAUCGUUAGAGACCUCUCUGUGGGUCAUUUUGCUUGGACCAAGAUGUUGCACAAUGAAAUGAAUGUAUUAUGGUGAGAAGCUUUAUUAUGUAGAGAAAAGACAACAUUAUAUCCAACUCAAGAAUAUUUCAAUGCAAUUCAUGCAACUUAUUUAAAUAUUUAACCUGUGAGUGUAUAAUGUACCAUAAAUCAAAAACUCAAACAUUUCCGAUCUCAAAAGUCAUAAAUUGUGCCGUAAAUCUAUUUCUCAGAGUAAAAUAAAAUGUUACUGUUUAGUUACUUAAAGAAACUGAAGGAAAAGCAAGGCCUAGGAGGCUUAGCUGCGCUUUAAUGGUUUUGUUUCGGUGUGCAUCGAAUCAGCAACAUAUUUCUGCUGUUAUUGCAGGUAUAUUGCAAGGAAGAUCAUGACAGAUUUGCAAAGAAACAAACAAAAUAAAAAGACUUGAAUUGUUAUAUAACACUGUUCUCUGCAUGGAACUCGAGGAAAUUGUAUUUUCCCCAGUACAUGAGUACAUAAAAUCACAAGAAAUAUGUUCACAAAGGUUAUUUGUGAUUAAAAUGUUACUUUAUACAUAGAUUAGAUAUCACUGUGUAGUAUAUGCAGUUGACAAUAUUUCAGAAUACUUUUAUAUUUGAUUUAUACCUAAUUUAGAGAUUAGAUUGAAAAUGCAUACAUGAUCUUUGCUUUCUUAAUUCAUAUUGUAUUUUUUUUUCUCUGGAUUCUGAUCUUGUUUUGACUGAUGCAGCUUUAUAGAAAUGCCAUCUCGCAUAAAUAUUGUUCCAUUCCAUUUAUGGCUGUUUAAUUUGAUUUUUAAAGUGUUAAUGGUUUACAAUAGACUGUUCUGCAUAACUGAUUUAUGAUUGUGGGAUUUGUUUCAUUAUCACAGCUGACAAUAACUUGCUUUAGUGUAGCGAUGAAGAAAUUCUGCAUAUUUAUUAUGCUUGCGUCAUUCCUUAUAAUUAUUAUUUUACUGGAGACUAGUAAACAUGGUAGAUGAUCUGUGAAUAACUGCAGUGUCAUUGCAUCCUGAAUUGAGGUUGAAAGAUAUGUUUCACAGAAAACUGAAUCAAUGCAUACUGUGACCUUUCUUUCAAGACAAAUGUCACAUUAAAAAGAAAUGUAAACAAUGUAAAUGCAGUAUUCUGUAUUUGUAAGCAUAUUUUGCUGAAAUAUAAAAGUAUAUUUUAAUCAA